CUUUUUUCAGAAUUUGAUUUAUUCUUUCCUAUUUAUACAGUCCACUCUUUUCUAAGACUAAAAUUUCACACUAUCAUAUUCAGGGAAUCAAAUUUAUGAAAACAUAAUGUUAAUAUAAUUUUUUCUAAAUUAUCCUUGUAUCUAUUAAAAACAAAAUCAAGAUACUAUAGGCUAAAAUAUAAUAUAUAUGCUCAGAUCAGAGAAGGUGGUCAAUUUGUGUUAUCUAUUUUAUAGGUUAGUUCUAAUAUUAUAAAUGAUCAUCAUCAUUACUCUAUCAUCUGGCUCCACUCGAAUGAAAAAUUCUAUUGACCAAACCGUUGACUGCUUGACCAGUUACUCAAAAUUGAUAGUUGAAUAAUAAUGUUGAAUAAAAUGAAUGUAUUUCAUAAUAUACAACCAACAAUAUGAUUCUCAACUCAUUGACAAAAUAAUAAUCUACAGCUCUGUAGAAAGAUGCCACUUUCGACGAGUUGAAAAACAAUUUUUGGUUGUGGUGGUUUUCUGCGACACCCGCAUUUGUCGUUAUCCCAGUUUGUCGUCAGUGUGAAAUGAGGAUCGAUCCAGUUUGUCGUCAACCCUCUUGGACGGCAUCCCGUGGCGAAGGCUGGCUGGUUUUGCUUCUCUGCCGUUCGUUCUGUUCACUGUUCUUCUGUGUGUGUUUUUCUCCGAAUGUUUUGAAUUUGAAGAACCCAUUGUUUUAAAGAAGUUACAAAAAAUAUAACUUAUUUCAUUUCAUUGUUGCAUGCAUAAUAUUGUCUACUCUGUUUUGAAAAGACAAGUUGUUGUCCAUCAACGUUGAAUGUGUAACCUAUCUUAGAAGUUUCAUUCUCAAUAUUACUGUAUUGUAGGUUAUGUUUUGUAAACUAAAAGACUAAAAUUUCUGUAAAAAAAUGUUGAGCUUCUUAAUCUCACAAAUUUACAUGACCUGACGAACUGAUAAACUUCCUGGAUUACUAGUCACAUUUUUCUUUGCAAUGGAAGCAAACCCAUUAAGUGUAUUUCUUGUAAAAAGUGAUAGCAAAGGUGACAGGUUACUUUUUAGGUAUCCCUAUGUAGGUGAUUCCAGAAUUGAACAAAAUCAGCAAAAUAGGAAAAAGAAUCCUUAUGCACUCUCGGUUGCUGAAGAUCUGCUACUAAGUCCACCGCCUCAAUCAUUUAAUAUUGAGAAAGGACAGUUGAUAGGGUUUACUGAUGAAGUCUUAUCAACAUUGUUUGCUGUAAAACAAGAGCUGUGCGACAAUAAGUUUGAACUGAAAGUAAAUGAUGUUAGGUUUGUGGGACACCCAACUCUACUCCAAACAAGCAAUCGAUCAAAGUUUAGUCCAGAAAGUAAACAAAACAAUCCUUCAAUUCUUUUGAUACAUAUAGUUUUUGCUCUGCAAGCAGUAGCUAGUCAUUCAAUUGUAAAGUGUUAUUAUGAUCUUAGCAAAAGGCUUGGCGUAGCUUUAAGACACGAAGAAAGGAGAUGUGGAUAUGUUACUCAAGAAAUGAAAACAAUGAUUGCUGCUCAUGAUGACAUUGCUGCAAGGGAAGAGAAAGAAGGCAAAACUAGUGAAGAAAACAUUUCACCCUUUGAUCUGAUACUGCAACAGUGUUCUCUAGCGCGAGACCUCAAAUCUGCUUACGAUGACCUGUGUUCAAACGGAGUUGUCAAGCUGCGAAUUAACAGGUGGAUUGAGCUGAGCUUCUGUCUCACACAGAAAGUGCAUCAAUCAUUGACGCAGAAAGUUUAUAAGGGAUUUAUGAUCGAACCGGAGGCAAUUGAUAGAUGCCUGGAAAAUCUGCGCCCUUACCAUGGCCUUCUACUGCUUGUUGAUCAGAACUUGCUGCUCGACUCGUUUCCACCUGACGCCUCGCCAGCUCUCACCAGACUGGUCUCCAUGUACAGUCCACUCAAGAAUCUGCAAACGUUGUCUGCAGAUGCAGAUCUCACACUGGCUCAGGUGUUUAACUUGGCUGGCCACUUGGUCUAUUGGGGCAACGCGAUGAUCAUCUACCCGAUUUGCGAGAGCAACAUGUACACUCUAUCAGCAGAUGCACCUACGCAUGUCAACUCUCCUCUCGUUGAAAAAUUCUCAGAACAUUUUGUUGGCGAAUGCUUACUACAGAUGAUGAGUGAAUUUUCACUGCCAAUAUCAAUUAGACAGAAAUCGAGUCCUCUGGAUGCAGCUCAAUUUGAGACGCAGCUGGCGCACAUGAUAGUGUGGAUGCUGCAGCAUCGAUUACUAACUCAACUGCACACCUACGUCUACUUCAUGCCCAGCGAAAAGGGUCUUGGACCUGCAGCUAAUUCUCAUCAGGAGUUGCAAGAGACGCCGUCGGCGACAGUGGUGACGAGACGAGAAGGCAGCUUGCAGUCGACGCCGGAUGAAAUGCCUCAUGUGGCCAGCGAGAGUGACCUCAGCUCCAUUGUCAGUGACGACUUGUCUGGCCUAACACCGCAGUCACAGAUGAACAACUGGCUGAAUGAAACAGUUUGGAGAGAUGAUUACCUGACAGACUUCACCGAGGAAGAAAAGUCGGCCAUAUUGAAAAUUCCCGCCUCCUCCAAUCCCGAAGAUCUCAAACUUCUAGUUCAUCUCAUCCAUCAGGGCUAUUGUCAAGGACAGCAUCAUCUGGAGGAGAUAAUGUACUUGGAAAAUGUGCGCCGGUCGCAACUACUUCAAUUAUUGGACAAAUUCAGGGAUGUUCUGGUCACGUGUCAAACUGAGGAUCCUGCUCUGUCCAUUUUUUAUUCUCAUCCCUAUUCGUAGUAACCAAUUUCAUCAUAUACUCUGUUGAGAAAACAUGCUCUUUUAGCAAUCUUUGGUUGAAAAGUAUAAUAAUUAUUAAGGUUCCUAAAUGUGCAGCUCUCUCACAUUCCAAUUUCUGAUAGGAAAGUCGAUAGCAUGGAUAGGAAAGCAUGGUUUCUUCUCAAGUCUGCAUUCUUUAUGAACUGUUGAUCAGUGUAUCUAAAGUAUGGAUAACAUUUUCACUUUUACCAUACCAACUAUGUGUGUAUAGUUGUUUUAAAUGUGCAAUUUUAUGCAUACAUUAUAUAAUGUAAAGUAAUAUACAUUAUUUCUUGUAUAAAAGGUACUUCUUAAUAGAGCGUAUGACUGAACUACUUAACGCCUUUAACCAGAACCUUGCAAAAUAAAUAUUAUCAGAAUGUCUAGAAAUUUCAUUGAAAUUAUUGGCGAAUUCAUCAUUGUCAGAAAAAUACUUUACUAAUAAUUUUUAUGAAUAAUAAUAAUUCAUUUAUUUGAACCAUAGAUUCAUAUACAUGAAUAUAAGAUCUUGUCAAACAUAAAUUUACAAAGAAGUUGUCAAGUACAGAGUAAAAAUUGAAUAAAUAUAAUGAAACUAAUUUAAAUUGAAAAUAUUUAAAAAUAUAAGAAAGUUACCAUGAGUUAUUUCUCAAGUUAGAUGAGGACCUGAAAAGGUCGUGGAAGCUUUUGUUUAGGCGUUUCUAAAUGUUUGUGCAAUAAUGAAAUACCAAUGCAAACCUUCUUAUCCACGAUGUAUCUGAUAUGCAUGUAUUUUUUGUUUAGUAUCAACUCAAAAGUUGGAAAUCAUCAAAAGAAAAUAGUAUAGUCAUUUGGAUCAAUUUAUAGAUUGAUUCCAUCAUGAAUGUUCUAUUAAAUAUUUUAAAGGCUUUUUCAAUUUUCACUACUACCCUAUUAAAUACUACAUUUAAAAUUGAUUAAAUCAUUUACGUGUUUUUUGAUGUAAUUUUGAAAAUGUGUGUUUUUUAUUCAUUUUAGCACGUACAGUUUUAUAAAAGUAUUGAUUUUCGGUUCUUUUGUAAUAAAUUAUGACAGAAGUACUAUUCCAAUCCAAAUUGGCAUAACUUGAAAGAUUUUUUUAUUGUUAGGAUGUCACACCAAUCUAAAUUGUUAUCAAUUAUUAAUACAUCAUAGACUGCAUUGAAAAUUGAUUUCUGUUGUUUUAAAAAUUAUAUCCAAGUGUUAUGGAAUUAAAUUAUGAAAAAAUGUUUAUAAAAUUUUAAUUGCAUUUAAACGUACAAAUUGUAUGUAAUUCAUCUGUAAAAAAUCUGCUUUAUUCUAGCCACAUUGUUAAAUAUGAUUUUUAUUGUGAAAUUUAUUAAAACGUUAUUUUUACUGUAUAAACUGCAAUAUUUGAUAAUAAACAUGAUUUUUAUUGUGAAA